AUGCCGCCGUACUUCGAUAUUGCACACUUCGACAUGGCCGCCGCUGUGCUGAACGAUUUCCCCCUUGUUAAGUUUGUGACGUGCGUGAACAGCAUUGGUAAUGGCCUUGUGAUCGAUGCCGAGAGUGAGACCGUUGUCAUUAAGCCGAAGCAAGGGUUCGGCGGCAUUGGUGGCAAGUACAUAUUGCCUACCGCCCUUGCCAACGUGAAUGCUUUCUACCGCCGCUGCCCGGACAAGUUGGUGUUCGGCUGCGGUGGUGUAUACAGUGGCGAGGAUGCCUUUCUUCACGUCCUUGCUGGGGCGUCGAUGGUGCAGGUGGGGACAGCACUGCAUGAAGAGGGCCCUGGCAUCUUUGCGCGCCUCUGCACGGAGCUGCAGGACAUCAUGGCGAAGAAGGGAUACAAGACGCUGGAUGAGUUCCGUGGACGUGUCAAGACGAUUGAGUGA